AUGGCCAAUGUGGUUGAAAUGGAACUCAAUGAUUGUCCUCAAAUGCUUGAAAGGUUGAAAAGUGAUGCAAGGACAUCAUUGUACACUAGUGCUAGGGAACACGCGUCAAAGUUAACUGUAGUGUUAAAAUUAUACCAAUUGAAAGCAGAAGGUGGGUGGAGUGAUACGAGCUUCACAAACUUGCUUUCAUAUUUACAUGAUGAAAUGCUAUCGAAGGACAACAAACUUCCAAGGAGGUUAUAUGAUGCAAAGAUGAUGUUGAAAUUUGUUGGCUUGAGCUAUGAGAAGAUACACGCUUGCCCGAAUGAUUGCAUUUUAUUUAGGAAAGAACAUGAAUCAUUAUUUGAGUUCCUUAAAUGUUUAGCAUCACGUUAUAAGGAGAAUGGGAAGAGUCCAAAGAAGGUGUUAUGGUACUUUCCUAUAGUAUCGAGAUUUAGACGAUUGUAUAGAAGUGAAGUGGAAUCGAGAAAUUUGACUUGGCAUAAGGAUGGGAGAAUUAAAGAUACAAUGCUAAGGCAUCUUACUGACUCUCCACAGUGGAAAAGGAUUGAUAGUGAGUAUCCUAACUUUGUAAAAGACAAUAGAAACCUACGGCUUGAGUUAUCUACUGACAGAAUGAAUCUAUUUGGGCUUCAGAGUAGUACCCAUAGCACAUGGCCAGUGAUUUUGAUAAAUUAUAGCCUACCUCUAUGGUUAUGCAUGAAGCGCAAGUAUUUGAUGUUGAGCUUGCUAAUUUCAAGGCUAAAACAACCUGAAAAUGACAUAGACAUGUAUUUGGCUCCUCUGGUUGAAGAUUUAAAGAUAUUGUGGGAGACUAGUGUUGAGGUGUAUGAUGGGUACAAGAAGGAAAGUUUUAAUUUAAGAGCCUUGUUGUUUGGUACAAUUAAUGACUUCCUGGCCUAUGGUAAUUUGUCAGGGUAUAGUGUCAAAGGAAAACUUGGGUGCCCUAUUUGCAAAGAUAGCACACAUUUUGUGAGGUUGGAACAUAGUAUGAAGAAUGUCUAUUUAGGACAUCGUAGAUGGUUACCCAAAGGGCAUUAUUACCGAAGAUUAAGAAAAUCUUUCAAUAGGAAACCAGAAGAAGAGGUAGCACCUCUAAUAUUAUCUAGCAAUGAGCUAUUUGAAAAAGUUAAGGAUUUGGAUAUUAAGUUUGGGAAACCUUUUGCAAAGCAUGUUGGGAUAGGUAGGUAG